CGACAGCUCUGGUUCAUGAGAGCUUAGUGGAAGGUUGUGUGCAACCGGUUACAAGAACAUAAGGUGCAGCUAACCUUCUAUUGCAGUCUACGUGACUUUGGCUGCAUCAAUCUGCAGAGAGAAGCACGUUUUCUUGGGUUAAACGAACACCAUGAUGGUUCACCUAAAUGAUUCACAGGGCUUUAGGGGCUUUGGAGCUUUGCUUCUCCAUCUCACUGUCCUUCCCCUUCUUCUUGCAAAGACUGCAGGUCAGCAUCAGGUGGUUGGUCCAUCUCAGCCAAUAGUGGCAACAGUUGGUGAUGACAUCAUUUUACCAUGCCAUCUGAGACCUGCCAAGAAUGUUUCAGACAUGACAGUAGAGUGGGCGAGACCUGACCUGAACCCCAGGUUUGUUCAUGUGUGCCGUGACGGUGUGGAACUGGAGAGAAAGAAACAUCCGUCCUACAAAGGAAGAACAUCAGUGUCCAUCGACAAACUGAAGCACGGAGACAUUUCACUGACGCUCUCCAGAGUGACACUCUCUGAUGGGGGACAAUAUAAAUGCUUCAUUCCAGGACUGGGUCACUCUUUAAUUCAGCUUGUUGUUGGUGCUGUGUCCUCACCUUUCAUCGUGAGUAUUAACAUAACCAGCAGUGGAGUGGCUCUACAGUGUGAGUCUGCAGGCUGGCAUCCAGAGCCUGAGGUGCUGUGGCUGGACGGUGAGGGAAAGCUCCUCUCUGCUGGACCUACAGAGACAGUCAGAGGUCCUGAUGACCUCUAUACUGUCAGCAGCAGAGUGACUGUGGAGAAGAGACACAGCAACAGCUUCACCUGUAGAGUCCAACAGAGGAACAUCAACCAGACCAGAGAGACAACUACUCACAUAUCAGGGCUGGGGACAGAACGAAAGAAAGAAAACAGACCUUGAAAGAACAACAGAACAGAAAUUAAAAGGUGCAUCAGAGGGACGUGGAUCAAGAGAGGAAGGGGGCCACAGAGACUACUCAUGCACAGGGCCCAGAAUUUCGUGCUCUGGGUAGAAAAUUGGCAAAGAUUGUAUUUCAACCAAAAGAACAAGGUGGUUCAGGAACACCAAAAUAUCCCCCAGCAGUUCCCUCUGGUGUCCAAAGUUACAAACAGAAUUUUAACUUUUGGUCUGCAGACUAAUAAUGGACGUCUCUCUUUGGUAGCAUAACAUAAUAUUCCACCAAAAUAAAAGGAGAGAAUGCAGUGGAUUGGUUCAGACAGAGAGGAAAAGUCCAUCCCAUGCAUCCAUCAUUUUCUACCACAAGAUGUAAAGACUGCUCCACCGCAUUUGUCCACGAUGAAGGUGGUCUGGGUUUCUUUUUGUCCUGUACACUAAUAUUAGUAUUGACAUUUUUUAAUGAUUUAACAAGGUCUAGUCCCUUCCUGUUACCAAAGACUAACUUGAAAUCUUAAAAAACACGUUUCAUUGAUAUCGUUUGACUCACUCUACAUUUACUUUCUUUGAAUAUCCAUAUCUUGACAUGGCUUUCGGUGCAGAACUAUUGUCUACAGUAUCAUAUAUACAGUAUAUUUUUUCAUUAUUGUUCCAGCACUACUGUGAAGAUACAUGAUGUUUAUACUGGUUGAAAUAUUCAAACUCAAGAUUAUGUUCUUAAUGGUUGCAAUGACCCAUGAAACAGAAAUCUUGUAGAUGUCUUGCACAUCAUAUGAAACAUCUGUGUAGUUUACAAAGACACCAACAAUGUAAAUUGUAAAAACAAAGAGUUCAUUAAAAAAAUGUGC